AUGAAUGAGAACAACAUAUCAGAGUUACUGGAUCAGGAUAUGUCGGAUUGGUCCGACGAUGAUGACUCGGAUGCUGAUCCCGAUUUUCAAUUAGAGAAUGAUUCAAGCGAUGAUUCAAAUUAUCGUUAUGACCUAUUUGCACUUGGUAAUGAACAUGAAGAUGAUAUUGAUAUUGCGAUUCCACCAACGCCUGUUACUGUUCCUUCAUCAAUACGUCAUGAAGAUGCAUCAGAACCCUUAUGGAAUGAUGUUGAUGAUGCCUUUCAAUCGAACGUAUUAUUCAACCCAAAAAAUGAGCCAGUGGGCAUUAAUCCUGAUGUUAUUGAAACCCUAAUCGAAGGUAGCCCUUAUGAUUUUUAUUCGUUAUUUUUGGACGAUGAUGUGAUACAUUUAUUGGUUAAAGAAACUAACAGAUAUGCGAAGUCUUUAUUGUCAACCAGAAUCAGUCCACACUCACGGUUACAUACAUGGGUAGAUGUUACUUCUGUUGAAAUGAAAAACUUUUUAGGUACUAUUAUGUGGAUGGGUUUGUGUCCCCAACCAUCAAUUGCUUCAUAUUGGAAAAAAAGUAAAAUAUAUGUAUCUUAUAUACCAAAAUAUAUGACUAGAAAAAGAUUCGAACUUCUUUUGCGCUCAUUUCAUUGUUGUAAUAAUGAUGACUGUCCUCCUGGUGACCGUUUAUUUAAAGUAAGUGGAUUACUUGACUUACUUUUAUCAAAAUAUAAAAUGGCACGUACACCAAAAGAGUCUAUGUGCAUUGACGAAUCCAUUGUUCCUUUUGUGGGUCGUCUUUUAUUUAGACAAUAUAUACAAAAUAAAAGACACAGAUACGGUAUUAAGAUAUUUAAAUUGUGCAUUGACAAUUUCUAUACUGUUGGAUUCAAAAUUUAUGCUGGUAAGGAAUCUGUUGUUGGCCAGAGAGUAUCAACUAGAAUUGUUACUGAAAUGGCAGAAGAAUACCUGGAUAUGGGUAGAACAAUGUACACCGACAAUUGGUAUAGCAGCUAUGACUUAGCCACUGAACUUUUAAAAAGAUCUACUCAUUUGGUUGGUACUCUGCGCUCAAAUAGAAAAAACAACCCCACAGAAGUUAUAAAAAAGAAAUUAAAAAGAGGAGAAGUUAUAGCUAAACAAUGCAAUAAAGGUAUAACAGUAUUGAAAUGGAAAGACAAGCGUGAUGUAUUAGCUAUUUCUACAAAGCACUCUGCAGCCAUGGUUAAAACAACUAAUAAAUUUGGAUCAGAUGUAAUUAAACCAAAACUUAUAUUAGAUUAUAAUAAGGGUAAAUCAUUGGUGGAUGUAUGUGAUCUUCGAAACUCAUAUCAUAAUCCACUAAAAAUAAUUAAACAAAAAAUAGAUAUUACUACAUUUAGAGAAAUCUUGAUUGAACAUUUAUUAAGCAAAAAUGAAGAGAUUCCCACUGGAAAUGAACACAAAUUAGAAGAAACUAAGUCAAGAGGGCGUUGUGCUAGUUGUUAUAAAAAUAUGGUGGAACAAGGUGGACGUUUAUAUGCUCAAAGAAUUACUAGACAAAUUAAAACUAAAUGUGCUAGUUGCAAAAAAUUUUAUUGUAUUCCGUGUUUCUCUGAUGCACACAAAAUAAAUAAAAAAUAA